AUGCGCAGGCGCACCGGGCCGGGGCGGGGCCUGAAGGGAGGAAGUGGGGCGGAGGGAACGCUGGGAGCCCAGGGAGUGGCUGAUGGUGACGCAGGAGAGCCUCGAGCAGGGCCCACCCUGUGGACGCACCUGCGCCGCUGCUCUUCCUUGUUGAGGCUGCGGCGCCUCCCGGGGUCGGUGGAAGCUGGGGGUCGACUCAUCCCCGGCGGACCUCGUGGUAGUGUCUUCAGAGGGAGCUCGGCUCCGCUGCUGCGAAUCCUGGAGGUGCGCGGCGAGCGUGUGCGCGGGUCGUCCCCGCCUCCUGCUCCGCUCAGACGGGGGAAAAGACAAACGCAGUUUAAGAAAUUAUUUCGUCUGUGCAACGCCGGACACUUUGAUAGGAACUGGGGGGUGGCACUCCCGUUCAGCGAGAUGGUGGGCAAGUUCCCCGGCCAGAACUCUGGUAAGAGUUUUCCGCUGCAGAGGCCAGCUUCGCCGGGCUUCCCGUCAAGGUGUAGGACUCUCAACUCGAUCUCCAGCACCAUGUCUGCCUGCACACACCAUGCUGAUAUAAAUGAUCUACUGAUGAUGGGCAUCAACCCAGGGGACACUGUUUUGGAAACAGACUCAGGCUAUGGUGAAAUGAGCUUAUUUUUAUCCAAAGCAUGUAAGAUUAGAGUAACUAAAGGAGGUCAUGGACCAGGCAUCACAUAGGUUAUUGAACUUUUGGAUGUGAUUCGAACCGGUGAACUUGCUCUCUCAUGUGAACAGAUAAGUGAAGUAGUCAGAGAUUGAUUGGUGUGCCUUACAAAACAGAGAAGUGGAAUUCAGUCUCCAAAAGUCAUCAAAAUCAACACAGAUUUACAAUUACAUUCUCAAAAAGAAAUUGGAAAUGAAGUGUUUCAAGAGGAGAACGAUGGUGAGCUUCAGCUUUAUUUUAUGCUUGUGUUUUUGAUAGUAUUGUAGAUUCUUAAGUAUGUUGACCAGCAUAUUCACACAAUAAUACACUCACAUAAUUAUCAGAUACUCUUCAGGGAUUGUUGGUUUUUGUUUGGUACAGCAACUGCAAUGUAGUGUUUUUCUAUUCUGUUAAUUAAUUGCAAAAUGUAAGUCCUAAAGUGCUUCUGGAGUUCUUCCAGGAAGCAAGUUUAGGUCCUUGUAUGUGUGCGUUAUUAGGCUGUGGAAAUGGUUUCAGAUGUAUUGAUUUCUGAAACAGGUUUAGCCAUUUGGGUAUAAGCUAGAUUAUCUGUAAGGAUACUAUGUGAUCACUGGCAAAUGUUUCUGUAUUCUGGCUAACAACAUAGCUCUAAAACAAAUGCAAACAAGAAAAAGAAAAGAGCUUACAGGAAAAGGACAGGGUUUAAUAUUUCAAUACUUUUUGUGAACAAAUUAUGAAACACUUAUACAGUGUAGUAUGCAUUUUGUUCUGUCACAGAAGAAUCACAUUCUAGUUUUCUAUACAGAACAUGUCCCUGUAUUGCUAGACUGGUCACCCAUGUUAGUAAUGUUUUUGGAACAUAUUAAAUACUUCUUCCUUUUAACUAAUGCUGUGUUAUGACCUUAAUUGUUUUCUCUUUUAAACUAGCUUUUCUUGUCAGGUUGAGGCAGGUCAAGCCACAGGUGAAGUGAAUACUUGAGAUGAAAGCAAUCAAUUUGAAGGCAGAGAAGUAUCCAAUUACAACUUUAUAUUAUCAAUCACUGUCAUAAAUUGGUACUUUUAGUUGUUACUAUUUGUAUAACUUUUACAUAUGUUUGAAAAAUAACAAAAGCUAAAGAACAUUGUAUAACUAUGUAACGACCCAUUUUGACAUUGUCUUGCAUUUAGUUUGACAUUUUGUAGCUAAUGAUUCCAGGUUGCUUUAGUUGAACCAUGUCAUUCUUCACUUCCUGUAAACCACUCCAUAGCUUUGUCUUUCUUCAUAACAUUAGUUCCCUUUUCUUUGUUUGAUUGAUGGUCAUUGGCUACUGAAAUAAAAUAUGCAUUUUAAGGUAAA